AUGUCAACAACAGACGAAAGUGACGACGAUAAAUUCGGAAUAUUAGGGGAUCAGACCGAUUCUGAAGCGCGGCGAGAGCCGGAUUGGCAAUGGUCCACAGGCAGGAAUGAUAAUAGCUUAGUCAAUAAGAAAGCAAAGAAACGCUUCAUCAUUCCAGGCGAGAAGAAGCAAAUGAAGAAAUUGCACAUGGCACGUUUGAGAGAGGAGAGAGCGGAGCGAAAAAUCUCGAGAAGAAAAGAAAAACAAGGAGCUGUGAACAACAGUGGUGAAGGGGAUAAUAAGGAUAAUAUGCGGUGGAUAGAAAGAGUGCGAAGAGACUUUGAAGCACUCGCUCAAUUAGAAAGCGAGCCAAGUUUGAGCGAUGGUGGUGAGGAAGAAUCGUAUUUAAUCUUCACUGAUGUGUCUCGUACUCACGCGAAGCUUGUGAAAGCGCUCGCGCUGAGAUACAGACUUGAACAAACGACGAACACGAAAGAGGAUACUUUGAUUAUCAAGAGAACACGUGAUUCUUACAUUCCAGAACCAAACAGCAAAGAGCGUGCAGAAAUUGAUGAUAUCUGCACCCCAAUUAUGAGCAGAGAGGAGUAUCUCAAUAGUCCCGAGAGAAUGGAACGUUUACGUUUACGAAAAAUUAGGCACGCCGCCGAUAGUACUAAUCAAACGAAGAAAGAGAGCAAAAAAUCCAUGUUUCGCAGAAAGAAAGAUGAGAAGCUCCCCUCAUUUUCGACUUCAGUUGAUUUUGUGCCGAGUACUGGAACGGAUGUAGAUACCAAUACCACACGUUCGAAAAAGCUCGUCGACGCAGUCGAAAUUGAACAAAGCUCUGCUCGAUUCGCAAAAUUCGCAAACGACAUUUCUAGGAAAAUGAUGGAAAAGAUGGGUUUCAGCGGAAGAGGCCUUGGUCCGAAAGAAGAUGGGAUUAAGACGCCCAUUGAUGUCACGCAACGGAAGAAGAAUCUCGGACUCGGCGCAUAG